AUGUGCGUGUACUCAGAGGCGGAGAAACGCGUGUCCAUCACAGAAAGCUACUAUCGUCAACUACAGUCGCAAGCACGCAAACUGCGAGACGGGAACCACUCUACACCACCCAGCGCUCCGUCGACAUCGACCUACUACUCCGAUGGUGGGGUGCCAUCGGAACGGGAUGACUGGUGGUACAAUGGGACUGAUAACUUGUUCCUGAACCGAUCGGGAGAGCAUCACUUCGUGGGUGCCUCAUCCACCACCCAUCUGGCCAAGCGCCUCAACCCAGGCUCAGCAAAUUUUGCAUGGGAUGUCCGUCCACUCUACGAUGAUCCAUUGUCCCUCCGGCGGUCGGUGGGCGGAGCACUCCCACAAUUACCCCCCUUUGAGUUCGCCAAACGGCUCUUUUGGGUGCAGUAUGCCUACAUCGGAACCAUCUUCUCAUUAAUUCAGCCCUCUGGGUUUGAGGAACGGCUGGAUUGGGUAUACCACCAGCCGCCAGACUUUUCGCACCGCGAAUCCUGUUUAGUAUACUGCCAAACUUUGUUGGUCAUAGCCUUUGGUUUGAUGUAUUCAGUAAACCAAUGGUCAGGCGAUGACGGGCCACCAGGUUUCAAAUAUUUCAAGCAUGCAUUGCGCUUUUUGCCUGACAUCCACGAAGAAGGCUCGAUCUUCUUCGUGGAGGUGCUGUGCUAUGUGGCAUACUACAUGCAGAAUCUGAACCGACGUGAUGCCGCCUUCCUCUAUAUUGGACUCGCACUGCGCAUGGCAAUAUCUCUUGGGCUUCAUCAAGAGGUAUUGGAUUCUGACAUUAGUGAAGCUGACCGAAACCGACGUCGCCGAGCCUGGUGGUCUGUCUAUAGCUUGGACCGAUUACUUUCAGUAAAGUCCGGAAAUCCUAUCACCAUUCAUGAUGAAGACAUUGGCACGACCUGGCCGGCUGCAUUGGAUCAAUCGACCUCUGAUCCUUGGCCAUCGAUUGUGCUGACUCACUAUACACAGCUCUCCCGCAUCCUCGGACGGAUUGGAGAAGAGAUCUACCGAAAAAAGCCUCGAUCUGGGUCCAACCUGAUUGCCUCCGUUCAGAGCAUCACGAAUGAUCUCUCGAGUUGGCUACGUCAGGUCCCAGAUCGCCUUCGCGUCGACUUCACCACGCUGGAUACCCACGUGAACCGAGAAUCGGUGUCGAUCAACUUGCAUUUCUACUCAUGCGUCAAUAUGACCGCACGUCCGCUCGUUUUCUACAUCAUUCAACGGCGACUGGAUGCAGGGCUACUUGGAUCUUCGGCCGGGGACUGGAAAGAGGGGCUGGCCCCAAACACCGUGGCGGUCAUUGAGAGUUGCAUCACGGCUGCGCGCGCGACAACUUUGAUUAUGGACGCCGCUGCCAAGCAUAACCUCAUUGCUACUUAUGGCUACCUUGAUGGUGAAUAUAUAUUCUCGGCAGCGUUGCUGCUCGUCAUGGUAAACGCGGCGUUUCCACACAACGAAACCAACGCGCGGGCCAUGGAAACUGCCCUGAACCUUCUCCGUGGAAUGGCCGAUCGUGGAAACACAUACCUAGGCUCACGUCAUUCUUUGUUGCUGGAACUGCGUGCGGCCAUUGGGCCAAAGACCGCUGGCACAAGCGAGACUGGCCGUACGAGUCCUAUCGCCCGAAAUGCCCCUGUCACGCCCAUUAGCGAGCAGCCAGUCAGCCCGGCAACAGAAGAAGCACCUACCCAUCCUCAAUUGCUCGCCGCUGCAUGGCCCUCACAGCCAGAUUUAUCCUCGCUCCAGGACAUCUCGUUUCAAUUCGACCUCAAUGAUGAUCCAGCACUUUGGGAGGGGGCGUUGGACCAGAUCGAUAUUGACAUGGACACUGAUUGGAUUGAGAAUACUUUGAAACGAUAG